AAGCUUUCUUUCUUUUUCCCCUCGCCCAUCUUCUUCUUUCCCCACAGCAAAUCUCCAAACCCUAGUCCCUCCCGGCCGCCCCCCAUGCUGCCCAUUCGCCGCCCCGGCGACCAUUACCAUUCCGUAGUUCUUCCCAAUGACGAAACAAUCGAUGUCUACACUGACGAUGAUGGGAAUCUUGUCACCGGCGGAUCCGAGGGCCGGCCACCACGACUUUUCCAAGAAAUCUGGAUCGACACCUUGCACCGUAUGAUGGCCGCAGCUCGUCAGGAGAACGAGCGUCGCCGUGAGGAUCUCGCCCGUCGAGCUCGCCACAAGGGGCGGCAUCCACGACCCGCUCGACCACGACCCGCUCGACCAUCAGAUGCGGCCACCACAACCCAAUCCCCUCCAAUCCCCUCCACUCAACCAUCAGAUGCGGCCUCCACAAUCCAACCCCCUCCGCUCCCCUCCACCGUCAGCUGCAGCCUCCACAACCCAAACCCAUCCCCUACCCUCCAGGCAGACCUCGCCCCACUUUUAGGAUAAGUCUUCCCGACGGCCGAGAAAUCCGUGCCUAUGUCGACGGGGCCGGCGAACUCUUCACCGAUGUUGAUGGGAUACCUCGACGCGUAGCAGAUGUAUAUAGGAAAUCUGCCCUCUCCGACAUCCCGUCUUCCGGUACCGGUGUCUACCCUGACGGGGAUGGAGAACUCUUGACGGACGUCGAUGAGAUAUCUCAACGCGUAGCAGAUGUACGCAUGGAAGUCACCCGCUCCGACAUCCAGACCAGGCCCUACGAUCAGCCGCAACCUCCACAAUGUGAGCAUGCAGCAUUUGUAAAAAUGCCUUUUCCUGACCCUGAAACGUCCCAUUUGCUGGAGGAAAUCUGGUCUUCCCGCAAUCCAUCACUGCCUCCCUGGUGUGAGUACCCUUCUCAUGAUGUGUCUAGGCCAGUGGAAACACCGCUGCUGGAGCCAAAGAACACCAACACUUCCUCUUACUCCACACAGCCAGAGGCGGCAACUCAUGACAUCGUGCCAAUUCCAACGCAAUCGUCUCAGCAUAUUUUGGCUUGUUUUUUUGAAGGUUGGCCUAUACAGUUUUUCAUCAGACUAGAUCAUGGGGGUUCUUUCCACACGUAUCCUCGCCUGGGUGGGCCAUUCCAGAGCUUGCAGGAAGCUGAGGAUGCUAUCGAUCGCCAUCUUGAUCACCUGCGUGCUCCAAUAAUGCACACAAAUGGGCUUCCGCAGGCGGAGAUUGCGAUACGGCAUGCCCUUUACUGGCCUGAUGGCACAAGAAAGAUGUCCUCCAAAAGCAAUCCAAAGCUUGAGACUGUCAGCCUAUUGGCUCAAGCUUUACUGGACAAGUACAAUGAAGAUCACCUUCUUUUUGGGGAUCUUGCAUAUGAACUUGAUGAUGUUGUGAGCUUCCGAGAAAUUUAUGAGAGGGAGGGCCGCCUUGUCAACAUGUUCUAUCAUAUCAAUUUGACUACAAAAACGAAAGGAGAUGAUGGUUUUCAGAGUGGCGUCGAUAAUGUGUUCUUUGCUGAAGUCACACGAAUAAAAGGCGAAGAUGUACAAUAUGUGCUCAGUUGUUUCUGCAUGGUUGAACCUAAUGACAAUGGCCAAUGCUAUGGUUGCAUGAGAUACGGAAAUGUUGAUUUGAAGCAUCCUGUUGAUGUUGAUAAAUACAAAGGUGGCCACUCUUAUCGGUACUCACCAUGUUCUGGUUUUGAUCCACGGCGGGAUACCCCUGGCCCGGAUGUACCUGCAUACAUCCAGGAUGAGGAGGAUAGGCUCGCGUAUGAGGAGGCUACAGUAAGAAGUAUGUACGAGUGCCCUGACAAUCCUCCUAUUCUAGCAAAAUUGAAUGGUACAAGAAUGCCUGUUGGUUGUUCGACCAAAAGAGAGGAUGCUAGUUUGGCCAAGAGAGAGGAUGGCAAGGGAAGGGUGAAAUACGUUGUACCUGCUAGGCGUCAGUUGGUUUGAGUGUCCCCUUAGGUAUAUAGAUAAAUUUGAUUUGAUUUAGGGACCUGACAACAUGGCGAAGACAGCAUAGCAAUAUAUGCUGGGGGCAUUGUCAGAACUGCCGGUUUUCAUUUCCAGUCCUCUUUGAGAAGUUGAACUUUUGUGCACCAUCAUCUAUGAUGUCGUCCCUGUACCGUUAGCAUGUAUUCCAUGUCAUCUGCUUUGGACUUGUUGUGUAUACUGUCGUUGAACUGCCUAGCUGCAGGAAGUUUGGUGUGAUUUUAUAUUAUGAGGGGACUGGAAUCGAAUGCACAUCUCAACCUUAUCAGUGAA